AAGAACCACCUCCAAUGGCUUGGAUAUGGCUAACACUCACCUUCGCUGUGAUUGCUCAUCUCUUGCUGCGAGCUUUGCUAUGGAAAAAACAGGGCAAGAAGAAAUUGCCUCCUGGUCCAAGAGGGUUUCCCAUUCUUGGGAACCUCCCUUUGUUGGGACAAAACCCUCACCAUUAUCUACACAAAGUAGCUCAAGAAUACGGCCCCAUCAUGCACUUGCGCCUCGGGUUCGUGCCGGUCAUCGUCGUCUCCUCGCCGGAAGCGGCCGAGCAAUUCCUCAAGACCCACGAUCUUGUUUUCGCGAGCCGGCCACCUCAAGAGUCGGCGAAGCAUUUGUGUUACGAGCAAAGGAGCUUGGGGUUUGCGCCGUAUGGCCCGUAUUGGAGGACCAUCCGAAAGAUGUGCACGUUGGAGCUCCUUAGCAACGCCAAAAUCAACUCCUUCAAGUCCAUGAGGAGAGAGGAAGUCGGCUUGUUCGUGAAUCUUCUAAAAGAAGCGUCUCGCGACCGCACGGCCAUCAACUUGAGCGCGAAGAUAUCGUCGCUGAGCGCCGACAUGAGUUGCCGGAUGGUGUUCGGGAAGAAGUACUCAGACAAGGAGUUCGACGAGAGAGGGUUCAAGGCCGUGAUUCGAGAAUCGAUGACGUUAACUAGGAAGUUUAACAUCGGUGACUAUGUUCCUUGUUUAGCACCAUUUGAUCUUCAGGGGUUGACGAAGCGCAUGAAAGCUGUGAGCAAAGUGUUCGAUGCCUUCUUUGAGAAGAUCAUCGACGAGCACAUGGAGUCCAAGAAAGAGGAAGGAGAGACCAAAGAUUUUGUUGAUGUCAUGCUGGGAAUCAUGGGAUUGAACGAGGGAGAGUACCAUAUCGGCAGGCCCCAUAUCAAAGCCAUCAUGAAGGACAUGUUGGUUGGUUCAAUGGACACUUCAGCGGCAGCAAUAGAGAGCGCAAUGACCGAGCUUAUAAAGCAUCCCAGUGCAAUGAAAAAUCUCCAACAAGAACUAGAGAAAGCCGUGGGGCUUAAUAGAGGAGUGGAGGAAUCAGAUGUAGAUGGCUUGGACUACUUAGACAUGGUCAUCAAGGAGACCAUGAGGCUUCACCCGGUGGCUCCGCUUUUGCUUCCCCACCAGGCGACCGAGGACUGCAUAGUGAGCAGCUUCCACAUACCCCACAAGUCGAGGGUCAUCGUGAAUGUUUGGUCCAUCGGAAGGGACCCGAAAGUGUGGACCACUCAUGACCCGGAAGAGUUCGUCCCUGAAAGAUUCUCAGGGUCAAGUGUGGACCUUAAGGGGCAUGACUUUCAGCUCCUGCCGUUUGGGGCGGGCCGUCGAAAGUGCCCCGGGAUGCAGCUCGGAUUGAUCGUGGUGCGGUUCGUGGUUGCUCAGCUCGUGCACUGCUUUGACUGGGAGCUUCCUAGCAGCGGGUCACCCAACAAGCUUGACAUGGCCGGGGAGUUGGGGCUCUCUACUCCUACAGCCAAACAUCUGAUGGUCACGCCUAGGUGCCGUUUGAAUGUUGACUUUUCAGUAGCUGAGUGAGUUCUAAAAAAUAAGUCUGAUAUUAUCAGGAAGUUCCUAGGUGUUAGCUUUCAUACUAAAUGGAUUGCCUACUAUUUUGUCGUACCUGAUUUUCAAAGUCUUGUUGUCCCGUGAAUGAAAUUCAAUAACGGAU